AUGCAAACUUAUUCCUGCCUUCUAGUGCUGUUUGGACAAAUUCUCAGCAUUUCCUACCUACGAGCCGACUUGAUGGAUUUGGUCAGUGAGGCCCAAUGUGCAGCAAGAUGUUUUAACUUGUUCACAAAUUCGCUUACCGGUCAGGACAGAUUGUUUUUGGAACAACGACCGGACCUAACUCAGCCACACUGCAUCAAUCAGAAAGGAACUUGUGCCUUGUGUUUGGAAGUCUGUCAAUGGCAACGUAUCCAAACAACACGGUGUAGCGAAUCUUGUCAAGUGGCCUUAGGCACUCUGCCGCGCACCAUUACUGCUGAAGAUGCUGAGAGUACAUGCCUGGACGCGUGUCAAUUUGCCGAGGAAACUUACUCCCGUGCAGAGCAGUUCAGUCGAGGUCAGCUACCCUUGAAAUGUCCUCGGUUGGAAAGCUGGCCACCCACAUGCCAACAACGGUGCAAGACAGAAGUGGACUGUUCCCCGAUGGGUUUGUACAAAUGCUGCUCCAGUUCCGCAUGCUCCAAACGAGACAUGCCAGAUGGAAAUGCCACCGAAAAGUCUGUCUGUACACCUGCUGUCACGGUAUCCAAUGGUACACCAUUCAUUACUGACCGACCAGCCGUGAAGCAAACGCAAGUCAACUCGCCAGAAACGCAGCCUGAUACAAUCCCAAUCGACCCUCAGGAGCCCCAGUACCAGCUGGAACUGGAUUGGUCAAACUAUUAUAACCGAACCGGAAAUAAUCCAAGCGGCUGGGAUCGGAGUCAGUAUCCGGCGGUAUUUCUAGUCCAGUUGCGUCAAUUCCAUGAUCCGACAGCGAGUGUACGUUUCACCCAAUCAGCUGAAAUCCUCGCCGCUGCUGAUACGUUCUUUGACCAAUGGAGAAAUUUGGUUUGGACAACCAAAUUGGGUGCAGUGUUGUCCGAUUUGCGACCCGGGACAUGGUACCAAUUCCGGCUGUUAACUAUCUCUAAAGACGGUUUCGGUGGAUGGAGCGAGCCGAGUAGACCAGUUCGAGUACUCACGCGCCCUGUGCCACCCUCCAGUCCGAGGAAUUUGAGUGAAGUGCGCACACGAUUAUUUGACCACACAGUAGACGUCACCAUUCAAUGGCAGCCUCCGCGUACUGGAAAUUUACCACUGAAGAAGUACCAGGUAACUUGGCGUCGAUAUUACGGAUUCAGUGGGGAUGACAAGAAUUCUUUCACGGAAUAUGAAGCCAGCGUGCCUGGAGACAAAACAUUCUACACAAUUCAGAACUUGCAGGCAGCAGCGUCAUAUAAAAUUGAAGUCAAAGCAGUGUCCGUUUUUGACGCUGCGGAGUACAGUAGCCAUCCAAUCAGUCUGUUCAUCAACACAUUACCAAUUCCAGCGCGUUCUGCCAGUUUAGCAAGUUCAAAUCAUGCAGUGUCAACCAAUGAGUCUUGUCGAUGCGACCGGAUGGAACGACCACCGAUACGAAUAGGUGAGGUGUUUUUCGAAAAUCAGCGACUUAAAGCGCCGUUGCAUUUCAAACGGAUGGACGCUGUACUUCACCGGAGCAGUCAGUACAUUGUGGAAUGGGCACCUAGGGUCUGUAUUGAGACCCAAGUUUUCUCAAGUCACCCUGCAUAUACAUUGCAGAGGCAAAUGAUAUCGGGCGACGAACUGGCUAAUUUUGAGUUGGAUAACCUGCACUUCCAAUGCCAUUAUAAAGUGACCUUGGCUGAUUUGACCUCGUCUCCAACUGAAGCCCGAACGCACAAGCAAUGGGUGGCUUGUUUCUGUACCCCUUCCUGUCACACUGUGCCCGUGAGAUCCGGACUGCCUCCUGCCAACUGUACCAAUGCGAUGGUAUUUGGCCGACUAAAGUCAAUGAGGGUUUCUUACGAAAUACUAACCUCAAUGAAGGCACCGUUGGAGAUGGGAAUAAUACAGCAUCCACCUGUUAGCAGUGCAGAACUGCCGCAGAUUUACAGCCCAACAGAGAGUCCUCCGACCGGGUCCACAGGUUCAAAGGCGGGCACUUAUGAUGCGGUUGUCAAAUGGUAUCCCGUGAGUGAAAGUUCAGCAGAAGGCAAGCGCCAUUAUCGCACGCUUUUCAGCCGUGAAACGGACGCGACCGAUGGAGUUCGGGGCACCAGAAUAACAUGGGGUCCCCGAAUUUACGAACCGGUAAAAUUGGAAUCCUACCACAACGGCUUACUUCCACUUUUGGACCUAGAAAAGACGCAAUCGAAAGUACUACACCCAGACACUAAAGACUUCGUGUUAAAGGGGCUUGUGCUCGAUACUGUGUAUAUUGUACAUGUACAAAUGAUAGGAGACCGAAUGGAAGGACCGACCACGACGAUUUUUCUUAAAUAUCCAGCCUCUAUGGAACAUACGAAUGCCGCGACAACACAAUUGUGCCGGCUGAAUCGCAGCGGCUGGCGGAUGAUUCUUGGGAUUCCACUCUACUUGCUGUUGUUGCUUGAAUUCACAAUGAGGUGA